AUGACAAUGUUGCCAUCCGUCCGGUGCCGUGGCACUGAAUCACACCGGUGAGCGAUGGGCUGUGCACAAGAGACGCAGUGAGGCAGCCCCGUCUCAUGUGCGGAUGAUGCAGCCGGAGUCUCAUCGCAUCGCUCGCUGGCCGCCACGCUGCCCACUGGCCAUGGCGGGCUCCAGUUGGCCGGUGAGGACCCAUGUCUGAUGCCCGACAACUGGCAGAAGCGGUGGAAGAAGAUUAUCGGAGGGGAAGUCAUGCUAGAGAUUUAUCGGAGGGAGAUGACGAAGCCUCCCGGCUUGACUCGCAAGACCCUGAAAUUCGAAUGGUACACCGCGUGUUCCCCGUAUUCUUUGGUCUUCAUGCUCACAUCUUUCCAUCCAAGUGUGCCUUCAGGUUGGAGCCUGGCGAGAAGAUAGCCGAACCGCCCCUGUUUCAGGUCAACACCGACCUGCCUGCAAGCAAAGGGGUCGGGAGAGAGGCCGUCUGCAGCAUCCACUACUGGGUCCAGCUGAUCAAAUGGUUCUCCCCCCUGUCCACUUCCACUUCACUGCGCGAGUACGGCUACUGCGGCCAGCAGGGAGACCGCGUGUGUGCCUGUGUCUCCAUGCCUGGAGAGAGCUUCAAGCAGUGCAAACCCCUCGAGGGAGAGCCGACGGCCGAGCAGGACAACGAGGCGACGAAGCUGGGCAGAAAACUGGCCAGCCUGCUGCCCCCCGCCGGCGGCGACAAGAAGGGAAUGGGACAGCAGUGCACCAAGGACGACGACUGCUACACGCCUCACCUCGUGGCCGAGUACCAGAAGCCAGGCAUCAAGUGCUUCAAGGCGGAGAAGAAUGCCGCGGACGGAAUCUGCAAGGUGACCGAAUGUGCAGCCAUACACGCUCGCGUACACACGUGUGUGUGGGUGCAGCUGGAAGCGGCCGAGGGCGAGGUCUGCGACAGGACCCACGAGUGCGGGCCCCGGCUUGGCUGCUUCAAAAAACUCUGGCUUUCCGGCAGCCAGCGUACUUUCGGUACAGGAACGUGCAAGAAAAUCUGA